AUGCCUUCCCAUCUUUCCGUCUUUGCCGCCAUUGGCGGUCUGCUCACGUUUGGACAUGCACAGGAUUCAUCCAACACGUCAACGGCAUCGUUUGGCGUGACGAGCGUUGUGACAGAGACUGUAUCGGCUACGAGCACAUCAACAUACUCGCAAUCGGACGUGCCGACUGGGAUAUCAUUGCCAGGCGACUACGAUGAGCCGCUUCGACCUCAAGUCCACUUCAGCCCACCUGUAGGGUUCAUGAAUGAUCCAAAUGGCAUGUACGUUGAUGAAGAUGGUGUAUACCAUCUGUACUAUCAAUACAACCCUACAGCAAACGUCGCUGGCAACCAGCACUGGGGCCAUGCUACUAGCGAGGACCUAUACACAUGGACCAACCAGCCCAUCGCCAUCUUCCCCGGAGGUCCUACGGAGGGCGUUUUUUCAGGAUCAGCGGUAAUCGAUUCCAACAACACCAGUGGGUUCUUCCCAAACCAAACCAACGGCGUAGUGGCCAUCUACACCAUCAACGUCCCCGAGAACCAGACUCAGCACAUUGCUUACUCCCACGAUAACGGCUACUCCUUCACCAAGUACGAGAACAACCCUGUUAUCGUACCCGGCGGUACCAACCCCACGCAAUUCCGUGAUCCAAAGGUUAUCUGGUACGAACCAACCGAGAGCUGGGUCAUGGUCGUGGCGUAUCCUAUCGACUUCGAGAUUGGCAUUUUUACGAGCCCCAACCUCAUCGACUGGACACCCACAAGCAACUUCUCCCACUAUGGUAUCACUGGUCUGCAGUACGAGUGCCCAAAUAUGGUUGAGAUGCGCGUGGAGAAUUCCACUGACAGCGAUGAAUCCAAAUACGUCAUGCUCAUCUCCAUCAACCCUGGAGCCCCCCUCGGUGGGUCCAUCACUGAGUAUUUCGUUGGCACUUUUAACGGCACGCAUUUCGAAGCCGACGACUCCAGGACUAGACUUACAGACUUCGCCAAGGACAACUAUGCGGGCCAGUUCUUCUACGGUAUUCCUGCCGAUGACGACCAGGUUACGCUUAACUGGGCGAGUAACUGGCAGUACACCAAUGUCGUUCCGACUGCCGGCGAGGAAGUAGGCGAUGGUUUCCGCAGCGUCAUGACGGUACCUAGAGGCCACUACCUAAAAGAUCUACCUCGUCAGGGUCUGUCGCUGAUCUCGUACCCGUCUAACAUCAUGUCUAUCGUCGACUCGGAGCUUGCUUCGAAUGACUCUCUUGGAAACGGUACUGUCUUUGUAGACUACUCCACCGUGGAGUCAGGCGCCCUGUACUUUGAGGCCAAUGUCACUGGGCUCACCGGCGGCCCUUCCCUCGCCGGAUCCAUCAGCUUUACUUUCCAGUCUUCAGUAUCUGGCGAGUCAAUCUCAGGCGGAACCUUCAUCUCAUCUGGUGAUGUAUGGCUAGACCGCGGAAAGACCGACGGUUUCCAGAGCCCUUACUUUACUGACAAGUUCACUGCUACGGGUCUUUACAACGAGGAUGAUGGGUCGUGGAGGAUCUCAGGUAUCGUUGACAGGAGCAUCAUCGAGAUCUUCUUGAACGGUGGCGAACUCAGUGCGACUUCGGUCUUCUUCCCUACACAGCCACUUGAUAUGAUGAUGCUGAGGGUAUCGGGCUUGAACGAGACGGUAACGGCCAGUGUUGGUGUUUGGGGCCUACAGGCUGCUUGGCUUAACCAAGCUGAUGCUAAUGGUACAGUUGCGGGUAACACCACUGAAGGUGGUAACGCAAUGUUGGGAGCUGCAAAACUCUUGUAG